UUGUGGCGGCUCCUUCGCGCCGGCUUCUGGAGAGUUGCCGCAAAACCGACCUGCAGCAGAUUGCCGCCCACUUCAGUCUCCCUCUGCCGAAACAACUGACUAAAGACGCUCUGCGUAAAUGGUGGUGGACUAUUUUGAAACCCUGGGAAUUCUCCCUUCGCAGUCCACUCCUGGUGUGUCUCCGCCGCCCUCGGAUAAGGAUAAGGGCCGGCUCGAUUCGAAGAGGGAGACCCUCGCUUCAGCUCCGCCUUCCUCAGAUGAAGAUUCGCCUCCAGCUUCCGUCUCGUCCGGAGCUAGUCCUCCCAGCCACUGUUAAUUUUGUUGACAAAAUAUUUUCGUCUUUUUUUUCGUCACGAAAAUAUAUUUACAGACGAAAAUGAAACAAAAAUUCAAAAUAAAAGCUGGGAAAAAGACGAAGACGAUAAUUAAAUUGAUUGAAACUUUUAGUCAACGAAUGAAAGACGAGACGAAAAUCUACGAUGACACUCUUCUACAUGGCGCUCUAUGGUGCGAUGCGACUAUUGUGUUGUUGUGAGAUGCGAACGUAGUAGAAGACAAGGGGCGUGGCGUGCCGUGAACGUGCGGGACGUGAGCGAAGACAGACCCCGAAUAGUAUAAAGGGGCAGGUAUGCGCGGCGGUAUGCUAAAUAUAGCUCACGAAUAUAUCGACGGCAUAAGAAGAAGGAGUAGAGGAAAAUGUUAACUGCUGGGCGAAAAAGAAGAGAAGAUGUGUGGAGUCAUUUUUCCUAUGAUAACAUUGCUACCAAAACUACAUGCCGAGAGUGUGGACUGUCGUUCCAACGAAUCUGAAGAGGCAUCUACAGAAUGGCCACUUCGCCAUUUUCUCCGAGUUGCAGAAAACCAUUGCUGAUGGUGGCCAACCAGCUACCAAAAAGGCAAAAAUGUCCAACCAGAACAUUGAGGACGCAUUUACAAGUACUACAAAGUACAAGAGUGAUGCCAAAGAACAACAAAUUAAAGAAGAGGCUAUCGCUACAUGGAUUGGAUGCACAGGAUUGCCGGUCACAACAGUAGAAGAUGAGGAUUUUAUUCUGAUGAUGGAAAGUUUGGAUAAGAAGUUUACUGUGCCAAAGAAAACCAAGAUAAGUAAUCUAAUUGAAAAACACUAUGAAAACAAAAAAGCUACAUUUAAGAAAAGACUGUCUAGUGCCAGAAAAGUAUGUAUUGGGACUGAUCUGUGGACUAAACAGGGACUGACAGCAUCAUUCCUUGGCAUAAGUUGCUGCUUUUUCUGUGUUGAAGAACAAAAACCAGAACACUUACUGCUAGCUCUUGAACAACUUGACCAUCCGCACACCGCCCAGUCCAUUAAGGCUUGUGUGGAAAAGUGCAUGCAAGAAUGGGGGAUCCCAAAUGAGAAAGUUCUCACCGUAAUAACAGACAAUGGUAGCAAUAUGGUGGCAGCAUUCAAACAUAGUGCUCCAGAAGAUGAAGAUUCCAGCUCCGAUGGUCCAGAUGCAUCCAUCCUAAGUGAAAGUGAUUCCAAGGAGACAGAAAACCUGCAGUGUCAGGACAUGGGCAUGGACAGGAUGCCAUGUGUCGUCCAUACGCUUCAGCUUGUUGUCCACAUGAUAAACAAGGAGGAAAGCAUCAACAGAGUCUUGAACAAAGUCCGAUCAAUCGUGAAACUUUUUCGCAAGUCAUCAGUCGCAACACAGAAGAUUUUGGAUGAGUGCGGCCUAACUGUUGGGAAUGACUGUCCCACACGCUGCCAUCUGGCAGAUGUGGAACAAAACACAAGUCGAGAUGUUGCUGCUCUAGCACGUAAAAUCGAAGGGAAUGUGAACCAGCCUUUUGCAUGUGUUAAAGAUCCCUCAGAUGACAAGUUUUCCCCACUUGUAGCAGCUGCUUGCUUUCUCAAUCCUACUGUGUGUCAGACCCUCCUCAAUGUGGCUGAUGAUAACAUUCAGGAGCUGCUCAAGCAGGCAGAAGGCUCACCGCUACCCGAAGCCCGAUUGAAGCUGCGACUGGCUCGUUUAAAGAUAGAAGCUGAGGAAAGACCCUAG